AUGCAUUUAUUCCAUCUACAAAACAAUAAGCGACUACGUUAUAGCAUUAUUUUCCUAGCCUUCACAUCUUUAUUACUGUUACUUUAUAGAUCAAAUUCGAUAGAGCCGUUACCAAAGUCAAUAUAUGUCGAUGAUCAAUACCCAUAUGCUGAAGGUUUAUUACGGUCGGGUCAUAAUUCAGCAUUUACAUUAAUAUCUAAUGAGAUGAACAAGAAUCAAUCAAGGGAUAAACAAUCUCUAUCGGAUGGGCUUACCCGUUUCUUCGAUCGGGAUUCCAAAGUUCUUAAAAAUUGGGACAAUAGUUCGAGAAAAGACAAAUGCAAGUGGCUUAUAAGAGGCAUUUAUACGGACUCCAAUUGGACUAACAUAGAUAUUUUGGAAUGGACAAAUGACGCAACUGAUAAGAACAAAUUCCAAGUAUGCUCUGAACGUGUAAGAAUCUACAAUUACUGUUUCAUGAAUGGCAAUAUCGACCCCGUUGAGGUAUUUGAUGAGUUGAACAUACCGUUUGCAGACCCAUAUGACUUCCAAAGUCGGAUGUUCAUGUUCUUGAAGAAGGUGAAUAGGAAUGACAAAGCGUACAUGUACCCACUAAUCAAGAAUGUGCGUAAUGGAGAUAUUAUAGCGAAGCCACGGACUAAGAUGAGUGCUAAGGAGUACAAUGCUAAUUUCAUGGGGCACUGGAAAGCUGAGGCCCGCGGGCGAGGUAUUACGUUGACAGUAGCACCUGAUGAUAUAAAGCUAUUGCGGUCAUUAUUUAAAGUUUUGGAGAAGUUAGGGAAUGAAUAUCCUGUGGAGGUUGUCCAUAAAGGUGGUGAGAUGACACCCAAGAUGGAAGAUCUGAUCAGACAAUAUGCUGAGGAGACAAACCAGGAAGUAUAUGUCAUCAACCUCUCACCAAUACUUGAUCCGGACUUUGCAGAAGAGAAUAUCAAAAGAUUUAGUAACAAGUGGCUGGCAGCCAUGUUUAAUACUUUUGAAGAAGUAAUGCUUCUAGAUGCUGAUGUAGUUCUAUACAACCAUCCCGAUCAUUUUUUUGAGCUGAAAGGCUAUCAAGAUACAGGACUUAUGCUAUGGAAAGAUAGGGAAAUCACUGACACUGAUGUUUAUGAUAAAUGCACUGCAAUGGCGCCUUUUUUUGAGCCAUCAUUAGAAGAGCAUAAACUAUUAGGAACUACCCAAAAAUACAGAUUAACGGGUCCUUCACUGGAAGCACAUAAUGAAUCAGAAGCGACCACAUUGAUAGAUUACUUUCGCAAAAAACGUCUUAACGUUAUUGAUAGUGGUGUUGUUAUCUUCAACAAAAAGCAAAAGCUUCAUGCUUUAGUGCUCUCGAAUUAUUAUCAUAUCAAUCGAAAAUUUUUAGGAUGUGUCCACGGUGAUAAGGAGUUUUUUGAAUUUGGUGUAUUGGCUGCAGGUGAAGAUUACCACAUUGCCCCACAGAGGGCAGCCGCCCUUGGUCCAAUUGGUUUUCAUCCUGGCCGGCAAAAAUAUUACGUGUGUUCCACUCAAAUGGGGCAUCCAGAUGAAAAUAAUAACAUUUUGUGGUCCAAUGGGGGGCUAAAGAAUUGUAAGCUAGAUAAAGCAGAAGCUGAUUUUAAAAGGCACCCAGAAUAUUUCAAGGCCAAAUACGGAAAUGUAGCUACUGCGAAAGUAUAUUAUACUUACCGAGUUGAGAUUCAAGGCUUUAUUAUCCCCGAUGUAAAAAAACAGGAAUGGUUUCAAUAUCCCGAUUGCGCGCACUAUUGGUAUUGCGCCUUCUUAGAGGAUACACCAGAUUCACUCUCGACAGGCAAGCUAGUAAAAUUCACUGAAAAAGAGAUAGAGAGGUAUAAUGACAUCGGCAAAGCUUGGUAUCAUGGUACUAAGUAA